CCGUGGGAAAGUGCCACUCCUUCCGUGGAAACGCCAAUAUGCGCCGCGUGGAGCGCUCUCGCCGCGGGCGUGUGGUCCUCGCUCACCUGUACCCUGCCGAGCGGGCCCCACCCCCGGCCUCUGGAGCCGGCACGCUGCUGUGCUGCGGAGGGUAUGAUGCGGGCGCCUGAGCGAAGUAGGCUCACCUUCCGACACCGCUAAAGCGUUUUCUCCCCGGGCAGCCGACCUCCCUUAACUUUCCUUGAAAAAGAAGUGUGUCCUUAAGCUUUUCGCAACUGUUACAGCGUGCGAUCUUGUGGGCAAAGGAAUGCCUGUUUCACUGAACUCUUGUUGCAUAUGAAGUUAUUCAAGAUCUAAGAGAUUUGAGUUUUAGUGGACCCAGCAUAGCAAAACAUUCAUUUCAACUAUUGUGCACGCUCUUCCAGACUCAGCUACGGGAAUGAGGUGAUGAUACAGUUCUGGGCUGCCUCGUCUUAGGGAGGCACCGUUUAUUAUGGCAAGUUCUGUCUUCCUUGGCUGUUAUGGUCUGUGAUGUGUGCCUCUGGUUUAAUUUCAGGGCCUCAGCAGCAGCUCAAACCAUGUGGACCGCAGAUGAGAUUGCACGGCUGUGUUACGAGCACUAUGGGCUCAGGCUGCCCAAGCAAGGGAAACCUGAGCCCAACCGUGAGUGGACCUUACUAGCAGCCAUGGUGAAGAUACAGCCUGCAGCUGACCAGGCCUGCAACUCUCCUGACAAACCAGCACAAGUGACGAAGGAAGUUGUCUCAAUGGGAACAGGAACGAAAUGCAUAGGCCAGUCCAAAAUGAGGAAGAGUGGAGACAUCCUCAAUGAUAGCCAUGCUGAGAUCAUAGCCAGAAGGAGUUUCCAAAGGUACCUUCUCCAUCAGCUCCACUUAGCAGCCGCCCUGAAGGAGGAUAGCAUCUUUGUCCCAGGAACUCGGAGAGGACUGUGGAAACUCAGACCAGACCUCUUGUUUGUGUUUUUCUCCAGCCAUACACCCUGUGGAGAUGCCUCCAUUAUUCCGAUGCUUGAGUUUGAAGAUCAGCCUUGCUGUCCUGUCAGUAGAAAUUGGGCCAAUAACCCAUCAGUAAAAGCCAGUGGUAACCUGGAAGCUCCUGAAGAUAAAAGGAAAUGUGAAGACCCGGACAGUUCUGUGACCAAAAAGAUGAGGCUUGAGCCUGGGACUCCAGAUGGUGUGGCUCACCAUCAGAGUUUUGGCAAUCAGGAAAGCAGCCCAGACCCGCCAAGUGUCAGCAGAUGUAAUCUCACCACAGAGGAACUGGCCACUGUCACUGGAAUGGCCCCCAGUGGUGCCAAAGUGGUAGACGUUUACAGAACGGGAGCCAAGUGUGUGCCCGGAGAAGCUGGAGACUCGGGAAAGCCUGGUGCUGCAUAUCACCAGGUAGGGCUGCUCCGAGUGAAGCCAGGCCGGGGAGACAGGACUUCCUCCAUGUCCUGCAGUGACAAAUUGGCACGGUGGAAUGUCCUCGGAUGCCAAGGGGCACUGUUGAUGCACUUCCUAGAGGAGCCCAUCUACCUGUCGGCUGUGGUCAUUGGGAAGUGCCCAUACAGCCAGGAGGCCAUGCAGAGAGCACUGACUGGGAGGUGUCACAACAUCUCGGCUUUACCCAAAGGCUUUGCAGUUCAAGAAGUGAAAAUACAGCAGUCAGGUUUACUGUUUGAACAGAGCCGCUGCGCAGUGCAGGUGAAAAGAGCUGACGGCCCAGGCCGACUUGUUCCUUGUGGGGCAGCCAUCAGCUGGAGUGCAGUUCCUGAGCAGCCAUUAGAUGUCACUGCCAAUGGCUUUCCGCAGGGAACAACAAAGAAAGGAAUCCAAAGCCUUCAGGCCAGAUCCCGAAUCAGCAAAGUGGAACUCUUUAGGUCCUUCCAGAAGCUGCUAAGCAGUAUUUCAGAGGACAAGUGGCCAGAUUCCCUCAGGGUGCGGAAGCUAGAGACAUACCAAGAGUACAAGGAAGCUGCAUCUGCUUACCAGGAAGCCUGGAGUGCACUCCGGAAGCAGGCAUUUGGAUCCUGGAUCAGAAACCCACCGGAUUAUCACCAGUUUAAAUGAGAAGAGAAAGUUUGCAGAGAACUUACUGGCAGCAGUGUGUUUUCAGCCCUUCAUGCCAGACUGCCUUGCCUUCUUCCUUUGUGCUGGACAAGUCUUAGCUUUUCUUGUGGCUGAGUCAGGAAAAAGAGUCUGCCAUCUACCAGAGCAACAUAUCUCUUCUAUGUAAGAUGGAUGGAAUUCCAAAACAUGGAACAAUCGAUCUAUAG